CCCGGAGCGGAAGUGUCGUGCCUGUACUGCCAGCUAUGGCCACUAGGUGCCCGGAAGUGAGCGCUGAACCGGUGUGAUAGCGGCUGAGGCAGCGAGGACUGUCCCGGGCUCCGUGUAUCUGACAGGGUUAAAUCCAAGAGCAGGGAUGGCUGCCGGCACCGGGGCCUGGAAAUCUCCUCAGCGAGGACUGUGGGGCAGAGGCACGCCGCGUCUGCAGAUUUGUUGAGUUGCAGUGAUGCUGUUUAUUCGGGACGAUGUUUAUAAGGAAUAUGCAAACAUGAUGCUGAAUAUUGUCAUUCUGUCUAUGAUCCUGUGCAUAUCUUUGUCUUUCUGGAUAAUAUCAAUUACUGCAAGUACAUAUUAUGGCACUUUGCGGCCCAUAUCUCCUUGGCGAUGGCUGUUUUCGGUAAUAAUUCCUAUUGUUAUUAUAUCCCGUGGUUUAAAAAAGAAGAGCUUAGAUAACAGUGGUGCUCUAGGAGGGCUGCUGGUCGGUUUUAUUCUGACAGUUGCGAAUUACAGCUUUUUCUCAGCUCUUCUUAUGUUCUUUUUCACAUCAUCAAAACUCACAAAAUGGAGAGCAGAGAUUAAGAAAAAAUAUGACUCUGAAUACAAAGAAGGUGGACAGAGGAACUGGUUGCAGGUGUUUUGCAAUGGGGGUGUACCAGCAGAAUUGGCUCUGCUUUACAUGGUGGAAAAUGGUCCUGGGGAGAUGCCAGUUGACUUUUCCAAGGAAUACACUGCCUCGUGGAUGUGUCUUUCUCUUCUUGGGGCGCUUGCUUGCUCAGCUGGAGAUACAUGGGCUUCAGAGAUUGCUCCAGUCCUCAGCACAAGCUCUCCUCGAUUGAUAACUACGUGGGAGAAGGUCCCUGUGGGUACAAAUGGAGGUGUUACAUUUGUAGGUCUUCUUGCAAGUCUUCUUGGUGGCUUAUGUGUCGGUAUAGCAUAUUUUGUCACUCAGCUUAUAUUCGUGAAUGAUUUAGAAAUUGCUGCUCCACAGUGGCCCAUAAUUAUGUAUGGAGCAAUAGCUGGCUUACUUGGCUCCAUAAUAGACUCUUAUCUUGGAGCAAUAAUGCAGUACAGCGGUUUUGAUGAAAGCACUGGGACGAUUGUCAACCAUCCAACACGUAACGCAAAACUUAUAUCUGGGAAGCCCAUACUGGACAACAACGCUGUAAACCUAUUUUCAUCAAUCCUCAUAGCGAUUUUGCUGCCUGGAGCUGCUUGGAGUGUUUGGCCUAGAACAUAAAUAAUUUCACAAGUGCAUAAAAAAAAAUGGAAAAAUGUUAUGGACAGUUUGGUGCCUUUGGGUUUGCAUGGGGCAGAAUAUACAUAGUAUCACUUUUUAUAUCAUUUGGACAAAUAACACUAAUGAACACUGAAUAGGAGAGCUGCACUCUUUUUUUUUCUUUUAGGCACUAAAUUUAUGCACCUGUGACAACAUACAAAUGGUUAAUAUUCACAAACUAAACAUGGCUUAACACUCAAGGACUGUGUUUGGAUGGUUAAUUAUUUUAACAUUUUAGACUGGAAUAAAAAUGAAUACUUUAAUAGGUAAUUUGAUAUAACUACACAGUUGCAGAUUUUCUGAUUGUUUGGAUAAUUGUAAAUUUGUAUUGUUUUUUUAUGCAACUGCUAAUUUUAAUGUAUUGAGCGGACCAAAACUACUGUUUUUUUGGGGGGGAUUUUGGGGGAGUUGAGCUGCUGGCAUCUUGGGAAGCAAUCCUAACUGUGAAAGAAUGUGUUAUGAUCAAUGAUAACCUGCCCUAUGCUUGAUUUCAUUGGCUAAGCACACACAUAUUUAAAUGGUGAGAUGUCUGUCCUAGACAUAGUGUUAAGUGGGAGAAGGGGGUCUAUCUGGCUGUCCUCAUCUGCAUUAAAUUGUCCAUUCCUCAUAUGAUUGAUUGGUUUAGGAGGCUUUAAAGGGCUU